CAAUGAAAGCCAUUCAGUCGCGUUUUAUUUACGGCUUAGAACGGUACGGCACUUACAACACGAUAGCUUGGCGUUUAAAGAAUAGCUGAAAUCACUUUUUUCUUUUCAAUUUUUGUUUCCUUCUUUUUUUUUUCUUUGCGAAAAUGUUUAGUCAGCUUUUAUUUGGCGCCCUCUUAGUGUUGUUAACAGCACAGCAAUCGAGAGUGGUUAUGCUGGUGUCUGGCGUGGAUGUGCCAAGAGCGACGGCGAGCGCGUUAAAAACAACACGCACCGUACCCAUAACGGCGACCACGAUGCCAAGUGUAGAAGUGCACAAGGAGCGCACAACCGAGGCGCCAACACAAUUCAACACUGCCGCUGCUGCCGCCGCAAGCAGCAAAAAUAAUAUACUAAGCGCCAGCAGUGCUAUCACACGCACUAACAACAAUAAUAAUAACAACAACAACAAUACUGCCAAAAACAAUCUAACCUCUCCAAUAUCUGACAACAACUCGACGAAUAUCUAUUGCAGCCUCUCACUAUGUGAACUCUACAACGGUAGUCACGUGUUGCAAGUACCGCAUAUCGGUUGUGACAAUGACGGCGCAUUUGGUGCCGCCUGUGGCGCUAAACCGCAUUUACUAUAUAUGAGCCAACGACGCCGACAAUUUAUCUUGGAUAUGCAUAAUUUGGCGCGUGCACGUAUCGCUUCGGGUCAGCUGGAGGGCUAUCGCGCCGCAGCUCACAUGCCCGUGCUCAAGUGGGAUGAUGAACUUGAAUAUCUCGCCACGUUACAUGUGAAACGCUGUCAAUUCGGCCACGAUCAGUGUCGUAAUACGCCGCAUUAUCAGUUUAGUGGUCAGAAUAUUGGUUACUUUUGGAUCGGUCGCGAGUUCAAGUCGCAUGCGAAACGUGUGAAAUCGUUUAUAUUGAACUGGUUUCGGGAGUAUCGUGAUGCUAAUCAAACGUUUAUAGAUCGUUAUGAACCGCAUCCAGAGGGCAAAAAGAUCGGUCAUUUCACAAUGUUAGUGGCCGAUCGUGCGCAUCGUGUUGGCUGUGCCGCUGUACACUAUCAGGAUCCCAAUCAAAUUGACGAUAUGAAAUUUUUAAUGACCUGCAAUUAUGAUUUUACAAAUGUACUGGGUGAGCCCGUCUACCAGAGUGGACCAGCGGCGAGUAAAUGCGUCUAUAAGAUAAGUGAAAAAUAUCCAUCGCUCUGUGAUUGGAAGGAUGCGGUUUACGAUUAUAGCAGCGAGGAGAGUUUGGAAAUUGAUAAUGGCAAUGAAUUGGAUAGUACUUUUGUAAAUUAAAUUGUUUUAAAAUUUUAUUACAGUUAUAUGCAUAUAUGUAUUUAUAGGCAACGAUAGUUUUAAGUGUUAGCUUUUGCACAGAAAUAAAAAAAAUUAUAUAAUAGAUGUAUUUGAAUAGAAAAUAAAUAUUUUUCAUAGGAUGCUUUUUCAUAGAUGUUUUAUAGAUGUGUGGUUUGGAAUGAGGCAAUACUAUCUUCGGAGAAUUGUAAAAAUCGAUGGUCACAAUUUCUAUAAGAGAGGCAUAAUGACAUCACCUUCAGAAUGGCAAAAGUUCAAUGACCCUAAAUAUGGAUUUUGUAUACUUGGAAGCUAACUGUCAGUUAAAAUCUCUAUUCUUUCUACGAGGUGUGUUCAAAAAGUAUCGCAAAUUUUGAAUUUUCGCGGGUUACGUAUAAUCGCAUUUCCAUUUUUUUUUUGUGGCGUUAUGUUGGUACUCAUGUUUGUCACUUAUGCCCCGACAAGCUCGGCCCUUUUGAAUGUUCACUUAAUUGUUGACAGUUGCUUUGCUU